CGCGGCCCGCACCCUCUCUCUGACGUUAAACCGACUCGUCAGGCGCCAUUUUGGGGCCACAGCGUCGUCAGCGCUGACGUGGGAGCUACGUGAGCGGAGGCACAGGCCCGUCAACGCGCGCACUGUGACGAGCAACACGACGUCAAACUUCGGGUGACUUUGCCAUGGACGCCUCGGUGUCGUCUCACCUCGACAGCAGCUUAAAUGGCUCGCUGACAGACGGAGAGGAGGAGAACCACAGUGAGGCCAGACCGUCUCCUCAGGUCCGGCUCUCUGAUGAUGGUGAGACGGUGCGGGUGCAAGGAGGCGCCCCGGCGCCGCAGACGUCCGUCAUACAGUCUCCGCCGGUCCAGACUGCUCAGAUUGCCGCCUUAGCAGAGCUGCAGGACCACGAGUCCGUCGCGGACGCUCAGACGAGGCGAGAGAUUCUCUCCAGGCGUCCGUCUUACCGACAAAUCCUCAGCGAGCUUUCGUCCCAUUCGCCGGCAGUUCCCAAAAUCGAUGAAGAUAAGAGCGAGGAGGAGGAGGAUGAGGAGGAGGAGGAGGAGGAAGAUCUGCCGGUCGCGAGCGAGGCCUCGGCGGCGCCAACCUCCAUCUACCAGACCAGCUCAGGACAAUACAUCGCAGUCAGUCAAGGCAGAGCCAUCCAGCUGAGCGGCCCCGGAGUGGAAGCCCUCCAGGGGGCUCAGAUGCUGACGCCCGGGGACGCGCCGCAGCAGUUCUACAUCCAGGGAGGACAGGUUCUCCUCCAGGCUGCCACGGGAGACAUCCCCGCCUACCAGCUUCGGUCGCCAAACUCGGGCCUGGCCCAGAGCAUCGUGAUGGCCGCGUCGCCGGGCGCCAUGCACAACCCGCCGCCGCACGCCGAGGAGGUCACCCGCAAGAGGGAGGUGCGGCUGAUGAAAAACAGGGAGGCAGCUCGCGAGUGCCGCAGGAAAAAGAAGGAGUACGUCAAAUGUCUGGAAAACCGCGUGGCCGUGCUGGAGAACCAAAACAAGACCCUGAUCGAAGAGCUGAAGGCGCUGAAGGACAUUUACUGCCACAAAGCCGAGUAGCGGCGGCCGGUUGUGGCAGUUCCUUUUUUUUGUUUUUUCCUCUCCUUUUUUUUUUCAAACUGCCGCGGCUAAAACAAACAGAACCACGAAAGAAAAGAUGAAAUGACUCUGGAACAAAAACUCUGCUUUUUGACCGUCAUUGUUUCUCUGCUCGCUCAGGCCACUCGUGGAUCCACGUCGCUUGAGCUCGCCAGUUUUUCGCUCCCCGCUCUUUAUCUUGUGCUCUUUUGCAUGUGAGGACUUGGAAGUGUCGUGCACAGUGCGCUUGCUGUUGCUGUGUUGUGCACAGUGGGGGGGGGGGGGAGCCAGCCAAUGAGAGAGCCGGCCGAAGGUGAAGGAACAGGAAGAAGGAAACACAGGUGCUUCCUGAAAGUAAUGCACCAAGAUUACGAAACAGACAAAAAGAAAC